CUGCGGCUCCUCUGCGCGUCUCGAUGCGCCUGAGGUCGCUGUUCGGAGCGUCGCCUCCUUCUUCUCUUUCGGUUUUGCUGUGAAAAUGGAGAAACGCAGCGUGGACUCGCGGGUCAGAGGAGUCAGCACAGGGACCACCAUCCUGGCUGCCACUUUUGAUGGAGGGGUUGUGAUUGGUUCAGAUUCCAGGGCUUCCAUUGGAGGGGAAUAUGUGUCAUCUAAGACCAUCAACAAGGUGGUCCAGGUUCAUGACCAGAUCUUCUGCUGCAUGGCCGGCUCACUAGCAGAUGCUCAGGACAGAGCCCAAAAUAAUGGUUUCAAAGUCUCUUCAUCGUGGAAAUGCCCCCCCCCCCCCCCCCCAUUCCACAGUGUCCAGAUGGAGACCCCUCCACUGGUGAUAGCAGCAGCAUCGGUGCUGCAGGAACUGUGCUACAACAACAAAGAGGAGCUGCAGGCGGGCUUCAUCACAGCAGGCUGGGACAGGAAGAAGGGCCCUCAGGUGUACGUGGUGCCUCUUGGUGGGAUGUUGGUCGGUCAGCCGGUGACCAUCGGAGGCUCAGGCAGCACCUACAUCUACGGCUACGUCGACGCCAAAUACAAACCCAACAUGAGCAGAGAGGAAUGCCUGCAGUUUGCCACUAAUGCUCUGGCUCUCGCCAUGGGCAGAGACAACGUCAGCGGAGGCGUGGCUCACCUUGUGGUCAUCACGGAAACUGGGGUGGAGCACGUGGUUGUCCCCGGCAACAAGCUGCCCAAGUUUCACAACGAGUGACAGCGUCCAACAAACAAUGAAUUUUAUGUCAGUAACUGUUUGAAAUUCAUGAUCCACAAUCUCAUCAAUAAUGUACCGUAUAGGACUGGGAUGUAACUCACACACACACACACACACACACACACACACACACACACACACACACACACACACACACACUCCUUAAGAACAAGACAAUGAACAUGAUUAGUUUACUGCCAAUGACAAAUUGUAAAUGUGGAAACAGUGGUGAUAAGUUUCAUUGAUCUGGGGAAACUAGUUGUUAUAAAAUCAAUAUCUAAAAAACGACAAAAUGCUACUUCCAUCUCUUGUAAUUAAAGGCUCCAUCAGCCUUUUACUUUUUCCAGAUCACAUUUUGUGUAGUUGAUUUUAUAUGUUUUGGAAUAUUUGAAAUAUAAAUGAAGAUUCUACAUUGUAAAAAUGGUUUGUACUACUUUCUAUUUGUUGAGCGCUUUAAAAUAUAUUCAUCAUUAUUAUACGACGUGUUCUACAAAUGACCGUCCUUGUUUCCUGGAUCAGUUCAUGGUUUGAAUGUACUCGGAUGCAGAGCGUUUGUUUUGACUAUUUCAUGGCUGUGGAUUCACUUUGUGGCGCACAAUCUAACAGUUAGUACGUCACACAGUCUGAAACGCACUUAAAGACGAGUUCGUCAAUCAAAAGUGUCGGAGGGACCAGAAUAAAAAGACACAGUCCAACAUGUGUCAAUACAAUCAA